AUGGUUCAGUACCCGUCGGUCCAGCGCUCCAUAGGCGAGAUGAGCGUUGCAAUCCAAUCGGGCCGUUUGUUACUGAUCGACGCCGCGCUGACCGACCGAGACGAGGACCCCAUCGCAUCGGUGCUGGCGGUCAAUCGCGCCAAGCAAUAUUGCGCCGAAGUGGGUGUGUCGGUUACUGACGCCGCCAUGAGGAUGGCCGGUGGUGGUGGUCUGCUGAAAUCGUCGCCGUUGGAACGCCUGCGUCGCGAUGCGCUCUCCGGUCCGGUGAUGCCACCGGCUAACGAUCGUUGCCUGGAAACCAUUGGAAAAUUGGAGUGCGGGUUGCCCGCGGUUACCGUGGAACUGACCUGA